CCGUGCAGUCAGCGUGUGAUAUUUCACAUGUCGCCCGCAGUUCCCGAGUCGAGCCGCGAUUGGUCGGCGCAGGGUCAGGUGGCGACUCCGCGGGCACAGAGGCGCGCUCCCGGUGAUAAGCACGCGACGCCUCCAUCCGGGUCUCCGACACGGACUCACUCUGCAUCAUGGCGGCUUUAGGUAAGAAGAACAAGAAGAAGGGGAAGACCCUGACUCUUACCGACUUCCUUGCGGAGGACAGUGGGAGCAACAACACCUCAAACUACCCGCCCGUCAAGCCCACCAGCUGGGCCGACGAGACAGAUGACCUGGAGGGAGAUGUGUCCACCUCGUGGCACACCGAAGAAGACACGUACCGCGCGCCCGCGAUCGACCGCUCCAUCCUGCCCACAGCCCCGCGCGCAGCGCGCGAGCCCAACGUGGAUCGCUCCCGCCUCCCUCGCGGCCCCCCCUACACGGCCUUCCUGGGGAACCUGCCCUACGACGUCUCGGAGGAAUCUAUCAAGGAAUUCUUCAGAGGGCUCAACAUUAGCGCUGUGCGUCUGCCCCGUGAACCCAGCAACCCCGAGCGGCUCAAAGGGUUUGGGUAUGCAGAGUUCGAUGAUGUGGACUCAAUACUGAGAGCACUGACCCUCAACGAGGAGAACCUAGGGAACCGAAGAAUUCGGGUGGAUAUUGCAGACCAGUCACAAGAGAAAGAGCGAGAGGAUCGCUCGUCUGGCUGGGACCGCGACAGGAACCGAUCAGACGGAGGUCCUGAUAAGACUGACGGGGACUGGCGGGCGAGGCCGAGCGCAGACAGCGAUGACGCCGGGCCACGGCGUGGUGGAGAGGAUUCCUUCGGGGAAAAAUCGCGGGACCGCUUCGACCGCGAUGGCCCGCGCAGAGACGACAGGUAUGAGGGCGGACGAGACAGAGACCGGUUCAGGGAGCGGUAUGAUGACCGGGACCGCAGAGACUACGAUAAAGCAGACUCUUCGACAGCCUUUGAUUCGCGUGGCGGGGGCCGCCGGGCCUUCGGCAGCGGGUUCAAACGGGAUUACGACGACCGGCGGGACGACUUCCGGGGCGGCAGCGAUCGCUACGGAGACCGCGAGGACCGUUUCGAGAGGCGGGAGGAGCGCCCGUCCAGGGACGAGAGGCGCGAAGAGAGAGGUCCAGUGCAGAGACCCAAGCUGAACCUGAAGCCCCGCAGCGUCCCGAAGGAAGAGGAAACCGCGGGGCCUCCGGCACAAACUGGCCGCGCUUCCUCCAUCUUCGGGGCUGCCAAGCCUGUGGACACCGCGGCCAAGGAGAGAGAGGUGGAGGAGAGGCUGAAGAAAGAGCAGGAGAAGCUGCAGAGGCAGCUUGAGGACGACAAGGGCAGAGUCAUCGAGCGCAGGCCUCGGGAGAGACAUCCGAGCUGGCGCAGUGAGGAACAGCCUGCUGAGCGGUCGCGGACAGGCAGCGAGUCCUCCCAGCCAGGAAGUACUGGCUCCACCGCUGGGCGUGCCACACGCCGUAGAGAGAGUGAGCGCUCGGUGGAGAACGAGGUGUUCAACCGCGAGGAGGACCCUCCCUCACCCGGGACACGCCCCCCCACAGCCAAGCAGGACACCCUGCCUCUGAAAGUAGUGCCGGCGCCCCCGCCCAAGGAGAACGCCUGGGUGAAACGCCCCACCGUGUCUGGAGGCUCCAGCGACCAGGACCCCCGCUCUCCAGUGUCGCCCGGCGGCAAUGCACCGCCAAGCUUCACCAGACAAUCAAGCUCUCCCGAUGGCAGUGUGUCCCAGAAAGGAAGAGAUGAGAACCGGUCAGACGGUGUUCGACGGGACAGACCCCCUGCGAAAGGGAGGGGGGGCUCUGCAGGUCCCGGGACAGGGAGGGGGCGAGGAGAAGGAGCAAACAAAGAUCGACGAAGGGAGGCAGACAGGAAAGACAGCAAGAGGGAUCGAGACUCUAAACCAGCACCUGAGCCAAAGAAAUACGAGGAAUCUCCAAUCCCUAAGUUCAGCUCAGCGAGUAAGUUUGCAGCCUUGCUGAUGGACGAGGAUGUGGAUGACAAUGCUGAAUAAAAUCCGUCUGUCUUCGCAGCCGCCAGCCACCACUACCACCUACCGCUUCAAAAAUAAACCCAGCCCCCGCGGCACAGGCAAACCGAUUCACUGCUCUCCAUUCUUUUCAGGACUCUAUCUGAAAACUAGAAGACAAAAAAAAAUAAGUGACGGACUUGUGUUUUAAAGAAGAAAAGGAAAUUGAUUAAAUAUUAAUAAUUAAUAAUAAAUAAAAAAA